CACAAUUGCAUAGAGAUUCAAAAAGAACGUCGACGCAGAGUUUUGAGGAAUGGUGUACGAGGCGCAUUGGCUUGGGGAAGAGCGAACUCUUCCAUAAAAGAAAGAAGUUCCUCGCCUUUAUCACCCAGCAACGUAUAUGGAGUUACACUGUACCUCUCUAUUCAGAAACAUUUACGUGUAUGUAUGCAUCUGGAUGAACGAAAAUCCCACACAUGAAAAAUUUUCAAAGAUAGGUAGAAGGACAUGUACGAGAAGCUCGGUGGAUCGGCUACCUCGUGGAAGAGUCAAAUAACCGCGGGGAGCUUCUGGGAGUUCCCUGAAAUGCAAAGACGUUUUCUUUCGGCCUCUGUGUGUGUGUGUCUGUAACGGUGUCAAGAUCUCUCUGUCCCUCUGUGGAGAGAUCCCUUUCUGCGUCAUUUGCUAUCGAUUCAGCUCCUUUUCUCGAAACGUUUCUCGCUCUCUCAUCCGAACUUUUCUUCGAGUGCAUCUCCUUCUUCCCUACCAUCUCUCUCGCUCACCCUCGUCCCCGCCGCUUGUCUCUCCCCUCUUCUUCUGUCCGUGUACAAACAGGAAUCAAAAAGACUUUGGAUUGAGUGUAGCGAAAAAGUGAACAGUGCGACAAGUUUCCUGUGUCUCGUCGUCUCCAGCCGGCACUGUUGAGAGCAUUCGCUUCGCCCCCGCGGAGCUCCUGUCACAAGUUCCUCGCUUCUCGCGCCGUUCAGGUUCCUUUCUGCAAAAAAUCAUGUCUCCAGUUCCUCACUGAGUUUUCUCGACCAAGAACGAACGCGUUCGUUGCCUUCUGCCUGCCAUGACUUUUUCCGGAAGGCGCUCGUAUCGGAACUUUUUUCAAGACCCAUCAGCUCACGCCGGGAACUGACGGCGCAUUCCUGCGCGUUCGUUUUUUCAGUUCCUUGAACUGCCUUCUUGGCUCGCGAUCUCCGACGGUGUUUGUAUGUCGCGUUCCACGUCGAACAAGCAAAUCUCUCUCGCCCCAGUCAAGUUUGCGUUUUUCGGCUCCCGAUCGUUUCGCUACGUUUCUGUAGACGACGUCUUUCUGGGGAGUCCAUUAUCCUGUGUGUGCAAAGCCUCGUUUCGGCCUUGACCAGGCGUUUGCUUUUUUCGCACACCGGCGCUCUGCCUUUGCGUUUUCGAGUCGGCGACACUCGGUGCCGCUGAGAAUAGACAUCCGUCCCUCAGAUAUCCCGUCAGGGAAGAGUUCGAAACUCGAAAAACAAUUGUGAGAAGAAGUCGUUGUGUCUCCCGCCCCCCGCCUUUUCCUGUCUGGAGCGGCGCGAUCCGCAACGGCGCGUUGUUCUUCUCCUCCUCCCCCGCGCGCGUUUGUCGCCUGCGAGUUGGAGGGGACGCGCAUGCACUGUGGCGGGGCGUUUGCGGCUUUUCGGCCGUCGGCUUUUCAACUCUGUUCGCAUGGCCAGGGUGCAGGAAGUUUCUGUUUCUGCGCGGUUCUCCCCACCCUGUCGCUGGAGAGAAAUCUGUGUCGCUGCACGCUGCCUGGUGGCGGUUGACUCUUCGGCGCCUCUGCGCCUCUCUUUGUCUUCGCUCUCUCUGCGCAACCAAGACAGACACGAGAAGAACGCAGUUUUUCUGCGAGACUGCAUGCAGCAGAAAGCUUUCCUCGUUCUCGCCGGGCAAGGCGACCGGGGCCGCAAGUGCGUCGACUCUUGUGCUCUCUUGUGCUCCUCCUCCGCCGUCUGUUUUUCUCGGAACAGUCGGGAGAGAGUCUCUCGGAGAGGCAACCGCGCAAAGAAACCGACCUGCCCGACGAGUCGGUGGAAACGGGGAGACUGCCGCCUCGUCGGCACCAGGGCGAGGACGCGAGAGCACGCAUGCGGGAGGCACACCGAGAGGGAAAACGAAGCGGAAAAACCGGAAGACGGAGAGGAAAUGCAAAUGCUGGAGGCUGCUCAGGGCCGACAAGAGAGGAGGCAACUCGGAGAAGAGUGUGGCGUCUCUCUCUUCUGCCUGCGCCGUCUCCACACAAAUGACUUCGGAUUUCGUCUGGUUGCUGAGGGAGGCCAAACUCUCUGAGGAAGUCUCGCCAUUCCCCGAGAUUCCCUGCACCUUCAAGCGCCCAGCAACCUCUCUCUUCCUUUCAAACGAAGUCGCCGUGCGAACCUGGCGUUGCCGGCUUGUCUCCUGAAGACCCUCCGUCCCUGUCGUCGAACGCUUCCUCGACCUUCUCGGUCUUCCCUUGUUUAUCUCGUUUAUCUCGUUUCUCUCUUCUCCUCAGCCUCUCUUUUUCUUCCUCGUCUCGAGGUUCUCCUCCACACUCCCGCUCUCUGUCUCGCUUUUCCUCGGCUCUGCCUCUCUCUUCGUUUCCUCUCUCCUCUCGCGCGGUCUGUCUCCGUGCUACUCCUCUCUCAAUGGCUUCCCCUGCUGCGCCGCCUUCGCGCGCGGACGCCCUGGCGGGAGACCUCUCUCUGCCGCGGCAGCCUCCGCCUCCGAGCCAGGAAGUUUCUCCUCCCGCGAGCAUGUCUCCUCCCCAGCCUCCCAGUGCAUGCAGUCCAGGCCGCGCAGCCAGUCCGAGCGGUGGAGCUCCCGAGACUGUCGCCUCAGCUGUCUCCGAGCCGCUGACGAACGGAAGCCAACGCGCAGGCCUCGCUCCGUCGCCUCAUCGGGCACCAGGGAGGACCGGGAUCUCUGGGCGCGAAGAAGGCGAGAAAGUUCAGGGAGGACCUCGCGGCGAGAAGGUCUACGGAGGCUUGCAGGCGUCGCUGUUUCCGCCUCUCUCAGCCGCGACGGCGCCGCCGCGCGCGCAUGCAGGCGUCGCCGCGCGCUCAGACCUCGUGGGCGGUCCUCCGAGUCUCUGGGAGGUCUACUUCACUCCGGACUCCAACAUUCCUUACUUCUACAACGCCCUCUCCAAACACGUUCAGUGGCACCGUCCCCUGCCUCCGAAGGAAUACGUCGACCAGCUCGGACAUCCCGACAUCCCUGAACUCAACGCAGCUCAGACACCGCCGCCUCCAGGCGUCGGCGCGAAGGGAUCGCCUGUCCUGUACGGCCCUCUGGGAAGCAACUUGUUCGUGUAUCACAUCCCCCCCGAGUGGACAGAGCAGCAGUUCUUCCGGCAUUUCGCACCCUUCGGAAAUGUGAUUUCCUGUAAAAUUCAGACGAACGCUCAGACUGGAAAACGCAGUGGCUUCGGUUUCGUCAGCUACGACAACCAGGCAAGCGCGAUCGCGGCGAUUCGCGCGAUGAAUGGAUACGCUGCAUGCGGCAAAUUCUUGAAAGUGCAGCUGAAGAAGGGUGAGGAGCAUCUCCUGCCUCCGGACUUGGCGGCGUAGCAGCCGGCGCCAGCGAAAUCCUCCGCUUGAACAGCUGCUUUCACAGACGCAUGCAUGAACUCCACAAGGAGUGCUCGUGAAGCUGAGAGAACAGAGUCGAGCGAGACUGCGGAGACAGCUGGCGAAACCAUGCCUCUCUGAAGACGCUCUUCCCGGCGACCUGUGUCGCUUCCUUGCCCUGCGGGGUGACAGACUCCUUCCAGGGGAACGAACUACGAAGAAGGAUAGAGAAUGCGAGAGAGAACAAGCGGGAGUUCGAGACAGAGACUGGUGAAGAGUGUCUUGGGCACAGCAGCUGAGGCAGCGAAGACGAGAUUCACUGCCCCGGCAAAAGGGUCGCCGCAAGUGCAGCUGCGUGAUAGAAGAAAAAAGCUCAUGCCGUGGGUAUGCAUGCAUGCAGCAGCAAGCGCGACAGGACAGAAAGCAGCGUGUAGUUUUUCCUUCGCAACUUUUCGCUUGUCCCCCGCUCUGCUCUUGAGCUUCCAGAAAGGGGGCGAGAGAGGCGCGACGGACAGGUGGAUGAGGCCUUCCGAGAUCAUCGCCUUUGAAUGGCGAAGCGCAACCAAGUGCGCAAAGACGCAAACCGACAAAUUUUCGUUGCUGCCUGUUUCUUUUAUUCGAGAGUUGUUGAGCCGUUUCUCUUCGCAUGUUCUUUCUUUGCCGUCUGUUGUUUGUUCAUUUUUCCCCGCAAUUGGCCGUCUCUGAACGGACUGUCCGAUUUGUCCUCAUGUCAGGCGCUCGGACGCCGGAAAGCGAAACCCCAAAUUCGUUCCUUCCAUUCAGCCUCGUUUGUUGCGUCGUGAACAGCGUCCCGAUGUCUUCUUUCGUCUCGCCCCCUGGCUUCCUGCUCCUCUCUGUCCGCCUGUUCUUCAAAUUGUCUUUUUUCCUUACCGUUGCAAGACGCGCCUUUCGAGGGCGCAAAUGCGGAGUAGGCAGGAGCGAACAGAGCGCCCCCCCGGGAGCCUCUCUCGCAGGAGCAGAAGCUGAUGCCGAUAGCAGCUGAGGCACAACAGUUAGCUUUAUACACCGACGCUGUGUUCAGAUGCAUGCAUGGCAGCACCGUGCAUGCGUGCAGAUUACCUUGAAGCACGCGUGCUAGGCUGAGAAGAUCUUUUUCGGCAUCUGUCGACGCUCUCCACACUGAGUCCCGACCUCGCACACCGUGUCUCUCAAGCGUUCGUUCACGGGAGUCCGAAAAGGCGCAGCGCUUUACGCCAGAGUUGUGUGUUGCCCGUCGAUGCAUUUACGUAAAGUCAUACGGUUCACCG